UACACGGGGCAUUGACAUUUACAGUGAGACCGCGCAAUAUACUCUGUGUCAGGUGAAACACAACCCGGAUGCAUAACGCGGAACAUAAUUAUUUUGACUCGAUAACAAAUUGUCAGUUGUUUAAAUAAAUAGCAUUACUUAACAAUACUACAAAACCUGUUUCAUAAACUGUUUUUACAAGUAGGAUCGGGUACAUAAUGGCUGCAGGGCUGAGUUUUGACAAUGAAGUGUUCAGCAAGUUUGCGUUUUACGCCGGGGUGGUGCUGCUGAAGACGAUGUUGAUGAGCCCGUGGACUACCGUACAUAGGAUCCGGCGCAAGGUGUUCGCGUCUGCUGAGGACUAUGUUGCCUUCGGGAAAGGUCCUGCGUCAGGCAAGCAGGACCCGCACAUUGAAAGGGUCAGAAGCUGCCACCAGAACGAUCUUGAGAACGUGAUUCCCUUCGUUCUGAUUGGGCUGCUCUACGUGCUCACUGGCCCGGAUGUAGCAACUGCGGUCCUGCUGUUUCGGAUAUUUGCCGGCUCCCGGCUUUUGCACACGGUCAUCUAUCUGAACGCCAUUCCCCAACCGAGCCGGGCAAUAGCAUUUUUAGUGGGCUUAGGAGUGAAUACCUUCAUGGCGUUUGCUGUCCUUAAACGCGCUUGGUAAUGAUUGUGGACUUUUCUGACCUAUAUAUCAAAACGAAUUGUAUAGAUUCAUACUAGCUAAAAUUAUAACACACCACUGAUCAUAAAAGGCUUCAGGGUUUCAAAUUCGCAUUCGCCACGUAAAUACUAUGUGUUUGUAUUUGCUUGCAAUAUUUUGGUAUGAACAUAUGCACCUAUAUUGAAACAACCAUGGCAGAUAUUUCCAACUGAUAUUCUUGAAAUAAAGAUAUUGCAACCGUU